CCGUAGAUCUGGCGCAGCGAGUGAAGGAAACUCGACGAGUCGACGACUCGGCUCAGCAACCAACCCCAUAGUCUAUUAUCGCUGCAUACCUUGUCUUGCAUACCUUCUCGGAGUAGAGCUUCUUAGGCAUCCUAGUAACAGCCCAGCUGCCAGCCCGAGAAGGCGGAAACGGUAUAGGCGCGCGAAAAGGCGGAAAGCGCGCGAGAAGGCGGGAAUUUUUCGCGCCGCUAUCAGUUCUCAUUCUCAGCAACCUAGUUUCAAAACCGCUACUUGGCGUGUGAGUAUGGCUAGGGAUGCGUCAGGGGAUACCGUGUCCUCAGCAGGACCGUCGUUAGGAUCAAAACCAGCAACAGCUUCUCACAAGCGCAUCGCGACUUAUACCGAGUUCUGGCCGUUUUACCUCAAAGAGCACAGCAAGCCAGCCACUCGUUUGUGGCACACCGCGGGGACCCUCGCCGCCGUCGCUUGCGUCACAUCAUCUGCAGUCACACGUAACCCUAGGUUCCUCCUCCUCGCCCCUGUCGUGGGUUACGGCUGCGCGUGGUAUUCGCAUUUCUUCGUACAGCGUAACAAGCCGGCGACUUUUCGCUACCCGCUCUGGUCACUCUAUAGUGACUUUCGGAUGGCAUUUCUUAUCGUUACUGGCCGGCUCUCCUGCUGCUAAUUAGGAACGCUUUUUCCUGGUGACCGGGUUUAGGGUUUCACCUCAAAAGACGCACCCAGUCCCACCUCGAUUUUUCUGAAAGUCGCCUCGUUUCUCGGAUGUUUCUUCUCGCGGAUGACUUUUCCUGUUUCUUCUAUUGCUCCCGUCCCCCCCUUCCACUCCGUCCUUUUAAAUGGCCGUGUCUUGCGGUGCGGAUCCGCUGGUUGAAAGGAUGGGUGGGUGGAAAGGAUGACAUGCAUUAAGGGGAUUCAACUUUCGAUUACGGUACUCUGUUUUUUUUUUUUAGCACCAAGUUUUGUUGUACAGUCAGCUCCUGUAAUGAAUGUACAGUUCAAAU